CAGUUCCAAAAUCUCAAAAUGGCACUACUACUUGGAGGAAGACUUAAUUUACCUUUGUCCACAGGAACUCUGACGUGCUUUUGUAGAAAUGUGAGAUGUUGUUCUGUGUCAACCGCCAACUCAACUGAGAAUGCGUCUCCGAAUGCAAACUAUAAAAUAAAUCCCGUGUUUCGGAACAGAAACCCAAGAAAUUUGGAAAAAAUGGCUUUGGCAAGAAAGCCACAAGGAUGGCAGUUCCAAGAUAGAGUACAGAAGUCCUACCACCUGUUAAGUUAUAAAAUGACUGACAGAAAAACAUCAGCAUCAGUCAAACAUUUAAACGGAAAGUUCACCAUCAAAUUUUCUACAGACACUCCAGAAAUGAAACAUGUCUUCACUGGCUCUGAUUGUGGUAAAGUGAAGCAAGCCUAUUAUGUAGGCCAGGUCAUUGCUCAGCGAUGUCUUGAGGCUGGCAUUACACAAGUGCACUUUGAUCCUCUCCAGGGAACCAUUUUUCCAAAGUAUGAGGCAUUUCUGGCGGGUGUGGAAUCAAUGAAUUUGGAAUUAACAGAGCCUGAUGUGAUCACACCAACUUACUGCCCAGGCAUAGACUACAGUAAACCAAACAGAUACGCGGAGCGCAAGAAAUACAGGGAUGAUCAUCAGAUGGCCUGACAUUUCUCCACUCAUUAAAUACUUGUGUACAAUAAAAUGUCGAAAUCAUUCA